AUGGCUAUGUCCGAGCAAGCAGCCAGAGACAUUGUUGAUCUAGUAAGCAGUAGCGAUGAUCACUUUGAUUCCGAGUUUGUCGAUGAAGACGCAUCAGAAUCAGAGGCGGAAGAGGACGAGAAUGAGCAGUCUACCAUCAAGAAGGAGAUUGCAUCUGCAGCUCAUCUCACCGUUAUUUUCGAUGCUUCAUGCUGUCUCUCUUCAUGCUGUCUCUCUUCAUGCUGUCUCUCUUCAUGCUGUCUCUCUUCAUGCUGUCUCUCUUCAUGCUGUCUCUCUUCAUGCUGUCUCUCUUCAUGCUGUAUUUCUUCAUGCUGUCUCUCUUCAUGCUGUCUCCCUUCAUGCUGUCUCUCAUCAUGCUGUCUCUCUUCAUGCUGUCUCUCUUCAUGCUGUCUCUCUUCAUGCUGUCUCUCUUCAUGCUGUCUCUCUUCAUGCUGUCUCUCUUCAUGCUGCUGUCUCUCUUCAUGCUGUCUCUCUUCAUGCUGUCUCUCUUCAUGCUGUCUCUCUUCAUGCUGUCUCUCUUCAUGCUGUCUCUCUUCAUGCUGUCUCUCUUCAUGCUGUCUCUCUUCAUGCUGUCUCUCUUCAUGCUGUCUCUCUUCAUGCUGUCUCUCUUCAUGCUGUCUCUCUUCAUGCUGUCUCUCUUCAUGCUGUCUCUCUUCAUGCUGUCUCUCUUCAUGCUGUCUCUCUGCAUGCUGCCGCUCUGCAUGCUGUCUCUCUUCAUGCUGUCUCUCUUCAUGCUGUCUCUCUUCAUGCUGUCUCUCUUCAUGCUGUCUCUCUUCAUGCUGUACCUCUUCAUGCUGUACCUCUUCAUGCUGUCUCUCUUCAUGCUGUGUCUCUUCAUGCUGUCUCUCUUCAUGCUGUCUCUCUUCAUGCUGUCUCUCUUCCUGCUGUCUCUCUGCCUGUCUCUCUGCAUGCUGUCUCUCUGCAUGCUGUCUCUCUGCAUGCUGUCUCUCUUCAUGCUGUCUCUCUUUAAAAUGCUGUCUCUCUUCAUGCUGUCUCUCUUCAUGCUGUCUCUCUUCAUGCUGUCUCUCUUCAUGCUGUCUCUCUUCAUGCUGUCUCUCUGCAUGCUGUGUCUCUUCAUGCUGUCUCUCUUCAUGCUGUCUCUCUGCGUGCUGUCUCUCUUCAUGCUGUCUCUCUUCAUGCUGUCUCUCUUCAUGCUGUCUCUUUUCAUGCUGUCUCUCUUCAUGCUGUCUCUCUUCAUGCUGUCUCUCUUCAUGCUGUCUCUCUUCAUGCUGUCUCUCUUCAUGCUGUCUCUCUUCAUGCUGUCUCUCUUCAUGCUGUCUCUCUUCAUGCUGUCUCUCUUCAUGCUGUCUCUCUUCAUGCUGUCUCUCUUCAUGCUGUCUCUAUUCAUGCUGUCUCUCUUCAUGCUGUCUCUCUUCAUGCUGUCUCUCUUCAUGCUGUCUCUCUUCAUGCUGUCUCUCUUCAUGCUGUCUCUCUUCAUGCUGUCUUUGCCGCUACUGGUGCUUUCACUGCUGCUGCAUUGCUGCUGCAUUGCUGCUGUUGCUGAUGCUGCUGAUGCUGCUGCUGUUGAUGAUGCUCCUGUUACUGAGUCUGAUGCUGAUACUGACGCUGUUUUCUGCGUGCCUGUGUGUGUGUAUGUGA